GAGCUCCGUCCUACCGGCGGGUUGAGUUCAGCAAACGCUGCGGCUAGGGGAGGGCGGGAGGAGGGAGAGCGGACGCAGGGGGCGGGGAGGGGCGCAGGGCUGCGCGCUCGCCGGCGCUCUCUUUCGGUUUGGUCGGCGGCUGGAGGAGAGUGGACCCCCCCACUUUAAGGCUCUGUCCUCGGCGCGUUCCCGCUGCCCCCCGGUCCCGGCGCGGGGCUCGGGGAUGCCCGCCAGCAUGUUCAGCAUCGACAACAUCCUGGCCGCCCGGCCGCGCUGCAAGGACUCGGUGCUGCCGGUGGCGCCCAGCGCGGCGGCUCCCGUCGUCUUCCCGGCCCUGCACGGGGACUCGCUCUACGGCGCCAGCGGCGGCGCCUCCUCGGACUAUGGCGCCUUCUACCCGCGCCCCGUGGCCCCCGGCGGCGCGGGCCUCCCGGCCGCGGUCAGCGGCUCCCGCCUCGGCUACAACAACUACUUCUACGGGCAGCUGCACGUGCAGGCGGCGCCCGUGGGCCCGGCCUGCUGCGGGGCCGUGCCGCCGCUGGGCGCCCAGCAGUGCUCCUGCGUCCCGGCGCCCUCAGGCUACGAGGGCCCCGGCUCGGUGCUGGUGUCCCCGGUACCGCACCAGAUGCUGCCCUACAUGAACGUGGGCACGCUGUCGCGCACCGAGCUGCAGCUUCUCAACCAGCUGCACUGCCGGCGGAAGCGGCGGCACCGCACCAUCUUCACUGACGAGCAGCUCGAAGCGCUCGAGAACCUCUUCCAGGAGACCAAGUACCCGGACGUGGGCACGCGCGAGCAGCUGGCCCGGAAAGUGCACCUCCGCGAGGAGAAAGUGGAGGUCUGGUUUAAGAACCGCCGCGCCAAAUGGAGGCGGCAGAAGCGGUCCUCAUCAGAGGAGUCGGAGAACGCGGAGAAGUGGAACAAGACGUCGUCGUCGAAGGCAUCACCGGAGAAGAGGGAAGAGGAAGGUAAAAGCGAUUUGGACUCGGACAGCUGACGGCCGCGGGACACUUGCCCGUAUUACUUAUCUAACUCGAAGGACUUGCACAGACAGACGAUGCUACUUUCUUGCACACGCGCUGCCUUGCGGGAGGGGGUCGAGAAAGAGGAACGAGGAGCUGUAAAUAGUGUACAGAGCCGGGAGGGUCGGCGUCUGGGGUCAGGGUGCGCGCCGGGACCCACAGCCCAGCAGCCCGAGGCCGCCCGCGACUAGCCCCCACCGUAGUAUUUAUAGUUAAAUUAAGGGUGACAGUACAAUAAAGUGAUGGCGAUGUAGACGGGCCACAUUCUGUAUUUCGUACCCCCCCACCCCCACCCACCCACCACCAUCAGUCUAGAGCCAAGAAAAGAAAUCUGUGUAGUCCGUAACCUCCGGAGUUAAAAAUUGAGCAGCUCUGAUCUACCAAAACAAACAAACAAACAAACAAAGAAAUGAAACUCUGGGUAACAGUCACAGCAUGGGUGUCCUGGUUUAAAACGAAACCUUAUGUCUAGGAAGGGUUGGAGAGUAGCAUUGCUGGGCCAGAGCGGGGAGGAGGUACCAUUGCAGUUGAGAGGGGCAGCCUGGGUCCCUGACUCCCCUCUUCCGCGGGCAGAAGGAGCACUUCUCUCGCUGAUGAGGUGGGAGCUAGGGGAGUCCUGGAGCUCCCACCGAGCCCACUGCUCCAAGCUGCUCAGCCCUGCUCCUGAGAAACCUAAGGCGGCGGGUCCACAGGGGAAUUAGGCAGCGGGCAUGCCAGCUCCCCCAGCGCUUUCCUGGAACUUCCACAGAUGCUCCAGCUGCCCAGCUCCACAUGCGAGUUGCCUCUUCCCCCAGGGCAAGCGUUUCUGCUCUGGCAUUUCUAAGCUGUGCGCCCUAGGGCUGACCGGGACCAGGCGCUGCUCCCUGGGCAUCUGGAGUGACCAGGGCCGCACGUGAUGCACUCAAGGCCAGCCUUGUCUAAGAGCGCACCGCUAGUGGGGUAACUUCCAGGUGGCAGUACCGACACCUCCUGCUUCCUCCCCAGACUGUCUUCCCUCUGCACCAGCUGGGCGGAGAAGGGAGCUCCCGAGAACACGCCCAGUGCGCUGGUGAGCAGUUUAUGAACGACUGGAGAAGGCCCCCGAUGCGCAUGAGCGUCUGGGCCAGGGAUGAAGACAAGAGCCUGCUCUCUGUAUGGUUUCCCAGGCCGUCGUGGGGAUGGAAGUGGAGACUAAGGGCCAGCAGGAAUGGCUUUCAACUUUCUUCGGUUUACCAUUUUAUAGACUUAAAGCUAAGGCUUAUAGAGCUUUCCAGCUUGGCUUCCCGCAACGGCCGGCUGCAGGGACUUGUUCUUUCUCUUGGGCUACCUCGGGUAUUUGGUGCAAGAUCCCUCCAGAGAAAGGUUGUGCAUCCUGGCUUUGGGACACAGCACGUGAAAAGUAACAGUAUUUUAGAAGAAGCAGUAUGUUUUUUCACAGCUUGCAGAUUUGCAAGGUAAAAAAUGACUCCUAUAGCGGGUAGCGGGCAAAAUGAUACCUAUGAAAUAUGAGUGACCACCCAUUACCGCCUUUUUAAUAAGCGGUGUCCCUAGACAAAAGAAAGAGGCAGUGUUUUGGAGGCCGGGUCUGCCUCAGGGGGCGAGAUUGCCUUGGUUCUUACCCAGAUUUCAUUUUGUGACCUUGGGCAAGUUACUUAACCCCUCUGACCCCUCGCCUUCCGUAACUAAAAUAGGCAUGGUCGUAGUAUCUGUUUCCCAGGGUGGCUGUGGACGUUAAAGGCUCCAACUUACAUAGAAUGGCACCUGCCAUAAGGGAAUCCUUCAACACAACUAUUUUUUUUAAUAUUAUGAUUUAUAUUGUGUCAGACCCAAUACUUCAAGAUUUAUAUACAUUAUCUUAUUUUACCUUUCAAGAACUCUUAAGAGUUGGGGAAUGUUUUCACCAUUUUACAGACGAGGAAAUUAAGGUUCUGAAAGGUUCAAUGCUUUAACAACCUAUAGCUUGUAAGAAAUAAAGAGGAGACAUCAUCUUUGCCCAAGUGAGUCUUGUACCAUAAUUGGAAAUGUUUUCAUUAACAGUUCUUAUGAGAAAUAUGCAAAGAAGCCUUUAUGUUAAUUUCAAAUGAAUUUUGCAAUGGUUAUUAAUGUACCUCCUGCUUAGAAUUUCAGGGUGGGAGGACCUUGCCUGGCUUGCACCGUCUGCUUCCCAAUAGUUUGAUGUUCUUGGAUGGUGUCCUCUGUGCCAUUGGAGAGGAAUGAGCCUGCAGGGACAUCUGGAACAUUCUAAUGUAAGGCAGAGUGGGCAAUGUCAUUCCACCCAGAGAAUUUAUUUUUUUUUUUUUUGAGUUGGAGCCUCGAUCCGUUGCCCAGGCUGGAGUGCAGUGGUGCAAUCUCUGCUCACUGCAACCUCCACCUCCCAGGUUCAAGUAUUCUCCCGUCUCAGCCUCCCAAGUGGCUGGGAUUACAGGCAUGAGCCACCAUGCGUGGCCAAUUUUUUGUAUUUUUAGUAGAGACAGGGUUUUACCAUGUUGGCCAGGCUGGUCUCAAACUCCUGACCUCAAGUAAUCCACCAGCCUCAGCCUCCCCAAAUGCUGAGAUUACAGGCAUGAGCCACAGGGCCCGGCCUCACCCAGAGAAAUUUGACCUCUACAAUACUAUUUAUAAACUCCUGUGUGUCUCUUUGCACAUGACUUGCCCUCAGGCCCUCAAUAAAAGAUGAUUGUUCAUUUUUCUAAAAA